UCGUAUGUUUGGUGUGCUCUAAAAGCUUCGAAGCUGAACGACAUGGCCGGACCCGACGGUGUCAGCAUGGUCUUUAAACCACGGCCACCAAGUUUCUUCUGGCGCACGGUGGUACCGGUCGUCCUGAUCCUGAGCAUGCCUAUCACACUAAUGUGCGCCAUCUCCUUCGUGAUCACGCACAAGUCGUCUCCAUCCCUCGUCCUCAAGUCGGGAUUCGGAAAAUUCUUUUACAGAGCAUGCAUAGAACAAGGCUUCGGCACGUUGGAGGCUUGGACAUUCGCGGUCACCUUCACGCUCUACAGCGCGUUCUCGAUCCACCUGCUCGCCGGAAAAGCGUACCGCGGCCCACCGACGUCUUCGGGGUUCACUUACUACGGCCUGUCUAUGUUAAUCGCCUGCUACUUCCUGAUAGGGAAAGACUUGCCGGGAUACCCAAUCUACAGGGGUAUGCCAUCUUUGGUGGUGGUGCUGACCGUCGAGGGUCUUAUCGUUUCGGUGCUUCUUUACUUCAAUGGAUUGCUGAGUCCCUCUCCAGGAGAACACGGUCCUUCCGGAAGCGCCAUGUUCGACUUCUUCUCGGGACUCAAGCUGUAUCCUAGCGAGGGCAAGAGGUUCGACGUGAAGUUGUGGACGAAUAGCCGCUUCGGGAUGAUGCUGUGGCCGCUUCUCGUGUUGGUCAGCUGGAAGGCCCAGGUGGAGACCACGGGCUGGAACUGGGCGAUGGCGGUAAUGGCUUUCCUGCAGACUGCGCAUGCGGCGAAGUUCUUUUGCUGGGAGGACUUUUACAUGAAGUUCACGGACGUCGUACUGGACAGAUCAGACUGGAAUCAUUUGGACGAUUUGCUGGGAAAUCAAGGACCCUGCAUGCCAGUGAUGUCCCACACGACGAGAGACGAAGGAAGCAGCAGCGGCCACCAAGGAUAG